GGAAAACCUUUCAAAAAACUUGUAAUUUCUAUUUCCUUCCUCUGAAUUUGUCCCAAAAAUAUUAUUUUUUAAUUAUUUGAAAAGUAAAUAAGGCUUUUAGUGAUGAACAUUCAAUUGUGUGUGAUUGGUAUUAUUUGUUUUUCGUGAAUUUGUAAGGUGCCAGCGUUUAUCCCCUAAAAGACUAAAGAUAUUCCUUUUCUCAUAGUUUAGGUAUUUAAUAAGGACAGUUAUUUUAUUAUUACAUCCAUCUAAUUAAUAAAAUGGUUAUGUGCUUUGCUCCAAGCUGUAAACAUGAUAGUGAACAAAAAAUGUGCAAGUUUUUUGUAUUCCCUGCUGAACUAUCGGAAAGACAGAAAUGGAUAAAUCUCAUAAGAAGAGAAAAUGAAGAACCAUCUCAAGACUCUUUAGUUUGUAGUUGUCAUUUUGUGGACCAAGAUAGGAAAAAUAGACCUACAAUUUUUGAGCGUUCCUCCUUAGAUGAAGGGACAACUUCAUCUUCCAUUGAUAUUGUAGAUGAAAGGGCUGGACCUUCAAGAAAUAGUCCUGAACCAGGUCCACCCACAUCAAUGCACACAGAGGAAGUGGCUGGAUGUCUGCCAGAAAAAAGUAAUGCAUCUGUAGAUGCAGAAAAUCACUUUCUCAAAGAAGUAAAUCAACUAACUGGAAAAUUGAAAAAUCUUUCAUGCCGGUUUAGUUUUGAACAAAUUAAAAAUAAUGAUGCUCAUGUUGAAAUGUAUACAGGAAUAACGUCCAGUGCUCUAUACUUAGUAGUAUUUGACCUUAUGAAUAGUUUUGAGUUAAAUUAUUACGAAAAAUGGCAAGUAACUAGUUUACCCAAAAUUGACCAAAUGCUAAUGACACUAAUGAAAUUAAGGUUAAAUUUACCACAUGAAGAUUUGGCGAUAAGGUUUAAUUGCAGUACAGCCACUGUCACCAAUACUUUGAUGACAUGGAUAUAUGCAUUGCAUGAAAUUUUAUUUAAACAUCUUAUGGACAAGAUACCCAGCAGAGCAAAAAAUCAAAUAAGCCUUCCAACUGUCUUUUUAUCAUGUAGAAAUUGUAGAAUAAUUUUAGAUUGUAUAGAAGUGCACACAGAAACUCCUACCAAUUCGCAACAACAACAAUUAACGGACAGUUCUUUUAAAGAUUGUAACACCUGGAAAGUUCUUGUAGGAGUAGCACCGAAUGGUGUCGUCACAUAUGUCAGCAGUGCAUAUGCUGGACCCGCUUCUAACCGUGGCAUUGUUGAACACUGUGGCAUCCUAGACCAAAUGGGCUAUGGUGAUGUUAUUGUUGCUGAUAAAGAUUUCUUGUUACUUAAAGAUUUAUUGCCUAAGGGGGUAGACUUACAUAUUCCCCCUUUCCGUAUGCAGCUUACAGAGGCACAGGUGUAUGAAACAGAAAUACCGAAACUUAUGAUCCCUGUAGAGAGGGCGAUUCGAAGAAUAAAGUGUUACAAUAUAUUACAGCAAAUUCCAAAUUUUUAUCUGCCCCAAACAUCAGUGAUAGUUCAGUUAUGUGCUGCUUUAACGAAUUUUCUUCCUCUUAUUAUAGACGAUGAGCAGUAUUACUCAUAAUGUACUUAAUUGGUGUUGGUAACAGGGUAUAAUGAGAAAGAGGAACUAAUGAAAAGGUGGAAGGAGUGUUUUUAAGAGCUCUUAAACCCAGAAAAAGAACAAAACCAAGAUGAAGAAAUAAUUCACCAUAUAGCAGAACAAAUAGUUGAGUAACCAACAUUGGAAGAAACUGGGAAACCAUUGAAAAAAACAUCUAAAAAAUAAAGCAACUGGAACAUAUGGAAUAACUGCAGAACUGAGAAAAAGUGGUGGACAUGUGUUAUGGAAGCGUAUCCACAAACUAAUGUACCGCAUAUGGACACUAGAAGUCAUCCCAGAGGAUUGGAAAGUAAGAAUCAAAUCAUAUUUCCUAUGUACAAGGGGGGAGACAAACGAAUUGGCGAAAAUUGUAGGGGCCUAACAGUUUUAAAUUUUGUCUACAAGAUGUUACCAGGAAUUAUAUACAACUGCCUGGAAUCGUUUUCGGAAGAAAUUAUUGGUGAAACCAAUGUGGUUUCAGACCAAAGAGGUCAACUAUACAGGGUGAUUGAUUAGUGGGGUAAAGCUAAAUAGAUGCGCUAUAAUAAUAGAUAGCAAUAAAAGUUAAUAACAAAAAUUUUAGCCACCUUUGAGCUUUACAUUACAAAAUUAGAUAAAAUGUUACAGAGUGUUCGAUAAUACAGUGGCAGAUCAAACUUAUGUUUUUUUAAAUGGAACACCCUAUAUUUUAUUUUAUAUUCAAAAUCCUGUUAACUUCUCCAUCACAAAAAUAUAAAGGUUUGUUAUGUUAUACAGGGUAUUUACAAAGUUAUAACCAAUUUUAUAUGAAAAUCGGAACAAGUUCAACUCCCUGUAUAAAUAAAAAUAAGCAAAACAGCAAUGGUUUAUUAAUGCCAUAUUUUUUACGUAUUGUCAAAAUUUUCAAGAAUGAUUGAUUUUGCUAAUUUUCUUUAUAUCAAAUACAGGGUGAGUCAAAACGCAAGUACAUUAUUUUCUCAGUAAUUUUAAAUGGAACACCCUGUAUUUUAUAUCACUAUUGAAAAGAACCAUUACCGUACUUUUAUUUUUAGAUAAUAUUCCCUAUGUCGAAAUUUAUUAGUUUUCGAGAUAUUUUCAUUUUUCAAUAGACCAGUAGCGUGGCUACCCAAAUCACCAGAAUUUAAUAAAAAAAAACAGUAAAUCC